CUGACUGGCUGCUGGCGAAACUUGAGAAAAGGCAUCUUGUAACGAGAAAAAGAAACUUUGUCAGUAGGAUGCGGAGUUCUCCAUCUAGUUACUGGUUCACCGGUUCACCAGCAAUGGACAUACCACUCUGCCAGCUUGUCAUCCUAAUGGGGUACAUUCUGCAUUAUCGAGAGUGCAGGUCACAUGACCAGCAAUACUCCAGUGAUUCGGUCCACCCCGUUUCAUGCAGCGGGACCCUCUCGCAGCUCACUGGGCGAAAACUUAUUUUUCUUAGCGACGAGAGGAAACUGUCACUGAUCAUAAAAGAUGAUGGAUCGGGAUCUUACGUGUGUCUCCUAAUUGAUGAUGACAGCAAACUGACGGAAUCGAAGACAAACGGCAGGGUGGCACAAGUCGUGUCAGCGUUGAGUUGCUCCAAAGACGAAUUUAUUGAUGUGAUCAGGCAGUGUCAUGACCCGACAGGGUCACUUCAAGGCCGGGUGUAUGGACAUCAUGUUUUAAAAAGGAGUAUUGUGUAUCCAGAUACAGUAUGGUGUGGUGCUGGCAACACCGCCAAGGGAAACACGACAAAGCUGGGGAAAUACCCCGACACCGAUUCCUGUUGCAGAAACCAUGACCUUUGCACUCCUUACAUAGCAGGUCUCUCGUACGACUCAACUAGUCGUCUGUUUAAUUGGUCUCCUUUCACCAGACUCCAUUGCCAUUGUGAUGUCGAGUUUAAGGCUUGCUUGAAGCGCUCAACUGACAGCAUAGCUAAAACCAUUGGCAACUUGUACUUCAACCUUCUGUCUUCUUAUUGCUUCGACCAGGUGUCACGAUGUCCUGACAACGGAACAUCUGCGAGCUGCAUGUCAUGGAAGUGGGUUUCAGCUGGACGUUUCUAAUCCAAUUAUUAUUUUCAGAAACAGUUCGUUGUUGUUACUAGUGUCGCCAGACCCAGUGCUAAGAAUAUUGCACCUUAGGCAAGGGAUACCUGCUGCACCUGUCCUACCCACGACUUCACCCAGCGCUGAAAUAUCAGGCAACGAUAACCUGUUCCACUAUUGAAACUUUGGGUCGUACCUAAGUUUGGGGUGUAAUCGAGGUUUAGUUUGACUGUUUAUUUAUUUAUAUAUAUAUCUAUAUUUUUUUUUGCUGAUGAUUAAGCAUGCCGUAAAUAUCAAUGCAGUAGGCGAAAUAUCACUCUGCAGCUUUCCGUGUCUUUUGUAAGUAUUCGUUCCACAAUCAUUUACGGCCAUCCAUUUGUAUGUUGGGAAAAAGCCAAGUGAGAGACUAUCAGACUGAAUCCCUGCUUCAGCUUUAACCACUGACGAGUGCGCAUGCGCUGAAGACUUAUGAAAUCACCUCACUACAUCACUACACAGGUGAUCUCUUUCAUCCCCAUACCUUUUCAAGUCGUGUGGAGUGAGACCUCACUUUUCAGGAAGGUGGGGGACUAG